CCGAUAUAUUAUGCAUCGUUCCUUGAAUCGAACUGCGAGGCGACUCGAACCUCUCGCCAUUCCCCACUCCCGUCAUCCCCUUCCCGACUCGAGUCACCCAAGGCAGUUGAGCUGGUCUUCGCCUCCGGCCGCAACUCCUCCUCGUCGGCAACAACCGCUUGAUGAUCUGAACUCCUCAGUCCUCCCUCGCAGCACUCCCCGGCAUUACGACGACUACCUGAACCUCCUCAGGUCCUUCGUCUCCCGGAAGGCGUUAGAGCCCGGGAAGCAGCUCCACGCCCGCCUCCUCCUCUCCGGCCUCGGCUACAACACCAUCUUGGCCACCAAGCUCGUCGAUCUGUACUGCCUGUGCGACCAUGUGACUUAUGCGCACAAGCUGUUUGACAGAAUUCCUAAGAGAAACUUGUUUCUGUGGAACGUCCUCAUCCGAGCUUACGCUUGGACUGGGCCCCACGAGGUCGCCCUCUCGUUGUAUUACCAGAUGCUCGACUGCGGCGUCGCGCCUGAUAACUUCACGUUCCCGUUCGUCCUCAAGGCCUGCUCCGCCCUCUCCGCGCUCGAGGCCGGGCGGGGGAUCCACGAGCUGGUGGUAAGCACCGGCUGGGAAACGGACGUGUUCGUGGGUGCCGCCCUGAUCGACAUGUACGCCAAGUGCGGGUGCGUCGACCAUGCUCGAGAAUUGUUCGACAGGAUUCCGAACCGAGAUGUCGUGCUUUGGAACUCCAUGAUCGCCGCCUACGCUCAGAACGGGCAUCCGUCGGAGGCGCUCCUUCUGUGCCGUGAUAUGGUGGCGCGUGGGUUCACGCCGACUCUCGCUACUCUUGUGACCGUGAUCUCCGCUUCGGCCGAUGCGGCGGCUCUGCCGAGAGGGCGGGAGAUUCACGGAUUGAGUUGGAGGCGCGGGUUUGAUUCCCAAGACAAGGUGAAGACCGCGCUCGUGGAUAUGUACGCCAAGAGCGGCUGGGUGAAGGUUGCUCGUGUGCUCUUCGAGCAGCUCGCAGAGAAAAGGAUUGUUUCCUGGAACUCCAUGAUCUGCGGGUACGGCAUGCACGGCCAUGCGGACGAAGCCCUUGCCCUGUUCGACAGAAUGAGGGAUGAGGAUCAAGUGCUUCCUGAUCACAUUACUUUCGUCGGCCUCCUCUCCGCUUGCAACCAUGGAGGUCUGGUAGAUGAAGGGAGGAGCUUCUUCAACUCGAUGUUGAGCGAUUACCGCAUUCCACCGGCGGUGCAGCAUUACACUUGCAUGAUAGAUCUCCUUGGCCACUCCGGCAGACUAGCUGAAGCAUACAAGCUCAUCCAAGACAUGACAAUGGCCACUGACUCUGGAGUAUGGGGUGCUUUGCUGAACGCCUGCAAGAUCCACCGGAAUGUGGAAUUAGGGGAGCUGGCACUGCAAAAGCUGAUCGAACUGGAGCCCGACGACGCAGGGAACUACGUUGUUCUAUCGAACAUAUACGCACAAGCCGGGAAGUGGCAGGAAGCCGCCGAGGUGAGGAAGCUGAUGACCGACAGAGGCCUGAAGAAGAGCAUUGCCUGUAGCUGGAUCGAAGUGAAGAACCAGGUCCACGCGUUCCUCGUCGGCGAUCUGUCGCAUCCCAGCUCGGGGGCGAUAUACGCAGAGCUGGAAAGGUUGGAAGGGCUCAUGGCGGAGGCUGGAUACGAGCCGGACACGAUGCCCGUCUUCCACGACGUGGGCGACGACGAGAAGAGGAACAUGGUUCGCAGCCAUAGCGAGAGGCUGGCCAUCGCAUUUGGUCUCAUCAGCACGCCGCCGGGGACGACGCUGUUGGUGACGAAGAACCUGAGAGUCUGCGAGGACUGUCACACGGCCAUCAAGUUCAUUUCGGCGAUUGUUGGCAGAGAAAUCAUAGUGAGAGAUGUGAAUCGAUACCACCAUUUCAAGGACGGCGAGUGUUCCUGUCGAGAUUAUUGGUAGCCUGCGAACCCAACAAUUGCUGCUGUAUUUUGCCUAUGUUCCCAUCUUACUCUGCGCCAAAGGCAGGCGCAACGAGCUCUCCUGCUCUGCAAAGCCGCCGCCGCAUCUGCUACCUCCCUUCCUGCGACUUCGGGAUCAAUGAUCAUAGUAUCGACGCGGAUAAGGCCUACAGGGGAAGAAGUGGAGGUCCGGGCCCAGCGUUAGGCGCAUCCCCAAACAACUCAGCAAUGCUGGAGGUAUCGUCUUUUAUAAUUCUUAAUAUUCUUUUUGAUUCUUGGUCGUUGUUUCGGCAUGUUGAAUCCACGGGGCUGAAGUGGUGUAAUGUUAAAGGGAAAGAUUAAUUGGAUCACAAAACCCAACAAAACUGAAUCCAUACUGGCAUUGCAUUUCGGUUUUUGUUGUUUUUUAUGUUUGAUGAAUCAUACUUCUUUGAAUAAACCUAUUGCAAUGUCCAAAAUCUUGUUUCUUUCAGCCUAAUGUUGCAACCUCUGAAGUAAUGCCUACAACUGAAUUGUCUCCUGCAAGCAUUUGCAUAUGUUUGCAUAAUGAUUUGAUUUGGUAAUCACAAAUCCAAAAGCUUUAGCUAUCAGGAAACACAAUAUAUUUACAAGCUGUAAUGUCCCCUCACACAAGUCAUUUCAAUGUAUUAUGUAUGAACAAAACCCAAUUGUAUGGUGCAAUCGUCUGAAACCAUGAUAAAAGAUUUGGUUAAAUCCCAUAAGCUUAUGGGUGUCUAAUAUGUUUAUAAGCUUUGACAACAUCUUUCGUUGUUGUGCUGCUAAUGCCUUUUAAAUUUAACAAAUUGUGGCAAUAGAGAACCUUGCAUGUCUUUAACUGCCCGUAUGUGAACUAUUCUGCAUCAUUUAAUCAUGGCACUUGUGCUAGCAUGACACAUUUCAAUUUAGAGAUAACCAAAUGCUGAUAGUUUACAAGCUCAAUACCAUGCAUUAUUCAAUAUCAUGUGAAUUCCACCAUGUCAUUUGCUGUUUCAUUGCAUAUUUGCUUCAAUUGAGCUCAAGGGUUGUUUGUUUCUUAUAUGAAGUGAUCUUUCAAUACCAAAGUUGGAUUCAGAUCUAUCCUAAUGUUGUCUAAAAUUGGUUGUUCUGUACGAGACUUUAAACAGGAGGUAUACCAAAUGACA